GGAAGGGACAUAAACAAAACAAACCCCGAAGCCGCAUGGAGGGUCCGGGCCGGAGCGCGCGGGGCGGCGCCCCCUGCUGAGCCCCGGCCGCCCGGCUUCUCUAUGCAACAGGCUGAACAGUUUCAAUCAUUCAGCUCUGCCAGCUGAAAUGUUAACUUCUCGUUUAAAAAGUCUACAAAAAGAAGAGCUCAAUCAGGGUGUAUUGAAGUUAUCCUAAGGAAAAAUUUCAUUGCAUGGAUUGUGUAAACUCGCUGAGACUGAAAUAAAGCUGGAAAGGAAUCUACAAGUGAAUAAAACAAGAAGUUUGGAAUUGGAUUUGGGAAAUCUGGGCUUGGAAAUGCCUCAGCCCAGUGUGAGUGGAAUGGACCCUCCUUUUGGGGACGCCUUUCGGAGCCAUGUGUUUUCAGAGCAGACUCUGAUGAGCACGGAUCUCUUGGCAAGCAGUUCAGAUCCAGACUUCAUGUAUGAACUGGACAGAGAAAUGGACUAUCAGCAAAGCUCCAGAGACAACUUACUUUCAAUGGAGGACUGCAAAGACCUUGAGAACUUGGAGUCUUUUACGGACAUCCUGGACAAAGAAGCUGCUCUCACCUCAAAGUGGGAGCAGUGGGACACCUACUGUGAAGACUUAACUAAGUACACUAAACUAACCAGCUGUGACAUCUGGGGAACAAAAGAGGUCGAUUACCUGGGCCUUGAUGACUUUUCAAGCCCAUACCAAGAUGAAGAGGUGAUAAGCAAAACCCCGACACUGGCUCAGCUUAACAGUGAGGACUCCCAACCUGUUUCUGAUUCACUCUAUUACCCUGAUUUGCUCUUUAGUGUAAAACAAAACCCUUUAAAUUCUUUGCUACCUGGCAAAAAAAUUGCAACCAGAGCAGCAGCCCCAGUCUGUUCCUCCAAGAACGUUCAGGCUGAGGCACCUUUGUCAGACUGUGUUCAGAAGGCCAGCAAACCUGCAACUCAGCCUGCUUCCAGUACACAAAUCAUGGUGAAGACCAAUGUGUACAAUAAUGAAAAGGUGAACAUUCAUGUUGAAUGUAAAGACUAUGUUAAAAAGGCAAAAGUAAAGAUCAAUCCUUUACCACAGAGCAGACCAGUGCUGAGCCAGACACAUGCUGAUGCAGCAAAGGAAAACACCUGCUAUUGUGGUGCUGUAGCAAAGAGACAAGAAAGAAAAGGAAUAGAGUCCCCGCAUAGUCACAGUACGCCUCCUGUCUUGCCUUUUAAAGAGACUCAAGAACUGCUACUCAGUCCACCCCAGGAAACCCCAGGGCUUACUGUGGGGGAGAGCAGUCUUUCUGCCAGCACAUCAGUGCCAGAUUCUUCACAGAAGAAAGAAGAGCACAACUAUUCUCUUUUUGUAACAGACAGUUUGGGUGAACAGUCAGCCAAAGGAGACCCUGAGGAAGAUGAGGAUGAUGAGGAUGAUAUUGAAGAUGAGGACCACGAUGAAGGAUUCGGCAGUGAGCACGAGCUGUCUGAAAACGAUGAUGAGGAAGAAGAUUAUGAGGAUGAUAAAGAUGAUGACAUCAGCGAUACUUUCUCAGAACCAGCAGUAACACUUAGUGGGUCUUCAAAGGAUACUGAAUUCCUCUCUCCUGCAUGUAGAAAUGGAGCCUUAACAACAGAAAUAAGAACUAACCUUCACCUAGAAGGGUACGAAAAUGAUUCUGUGGAGGAUUUAAAAGAAAUGACUGCAAUAUCCUCUCGGAAGAGAGGCAAGCGAAGAUACUUCUGGGAGUACAGUGAGCAACUAACACCUUCACAACAAGAAAGAAUGCUGAGGCCAUCCGAGUGGAAUCGAGAUACGUUACCAAGUAACAUGUAUCAGAAGAAUGGUCUCCAUCAUGGAAAAUAUGCAGCAAAGAAGUCACGGAGGACUGAUGUAGAAGACCUAACUCCCAACCCUAGAAAACUUCUACAGAUUGGUAAUGAACUGAGGAAGCUGAAUAAGGUGAUCAGUGACCUGACACCAGUCAGUGAACUUCCCUUAACGGCCAGACCAAGGUCAAGAAAAGAAAAGAACAAGCUGGCUUCCAGGGCUUGUAGACUAAAAAAGAAAGCCCAGUAUGAAGCCAAUAAAGUAAAACUCUGGGGUCUCAACACGGAAUAUGAUAAUUUACUAUUUGUGAUCAACUCCAUUAAACAAGAAAUAGUUAACCGGGUGCAGGUGCCUAAAGAUGAUAGAGGAGUCAACAUGGAACAGAAGUUAAACAUACUUAUUAAAGACACUCUUGGACUACCUGUAGCUGGACAGACAUCAGAAUUCGUGAAUCAAGUUUUAGAGAAGACUGCAGAAGGAGACCCCACCGGUGGCCUUGUAGGGCUACGAAUACCAAUGUCAAAAGUUUAAGACAUGACUUCAGCUGUUCUCAUCGGUCAGAUUCUACCUGUGUUGUCGAGUACUUCAUUGUAAAUUGCAUUCUGGUCUGCAUGUCAGUUUAGCAUUAUGUAAACACUUACAAUUAGGUUCCAUCAUUUUUAAAUAACAAUGUAGUAAAACAAAUCAAAGCAUGAUAUAAAAUGCGUGAUAGCAUUUUUGGACCAUAAACCAGAUAGUUUCAAAGCUGCUUUAAGCUUAAAUACAGAGAUGAGGAUUCUUUUUAAAAUUAAGUUAUCUAGGACCAGAAUAUAUCACUUUUGUUUUAGAAGCAAAAACAUGUUUUUGCUAGUAAAAAUUCUUAGCAUAUGCCAGACAUUGUGACAGGUUUAUGCUCCAAGUAAAAUAAGAGGAAGCGUUUUUUUGGUAAAGCUGUCAAUUUAGGGAGUUUUUUGUGUUUGUUGGGUUUUUUUUUUAUAUAAUUGGGUUUUCUUUUGUUCUUAAAAACCAGUAAGCUUUCUUUGCAACCAUUAACUUGUACAUAGCACACAUGGCAUUAGAGCUAGUGUGCCAUAUAAGACUUUAAUUUUCUGAGCUUAAUAUAGUAUUUAAAUGUCUGUGCAAGCAAGAGAAAAAAGUAUAUUCUUUGUGCCUUGUAUUUUGGGGGGAGAGCUAUCAGUAUAAGCUGGUAAAGUUUUGUAUGAAGAAAACCCUGAGGGGAAAAAACAAGAUGUAUAGAUGGUAAGAUUAUAGGUUUUAAUGUAUUUGUUCCAGCUCUUAAAAUUUUUGAAUGUAUAUAGGAAUAUGUUGAAAAUGUAGAUAUAUGCCACAGAGUCUAUGUAUUGUAUAAAAGAUGGCUCUAGAAAACUCAAUUUCGGUACUUUGGCCGGAAGAAAACAAAUACUUGCACAUUAAUGCGAUUGUUUAUUUUUGUACCAAAGACAAAUGCAACUGAUAUGGCGAACUGCCAGUCUAAGUAAAGUUUUGCACAGCUUAUAUGAUACUGUACUGAAUGUAAAAACAAAUGAAAAAAAGAAAAAAAAUUAAAGGUCAGGGUUAGGGAUCUUACUGAACUGUGAAUUUUUUUGUUUGGGUCCAAUUAUCUACAGAAGGAGCAUUCAUACAUAACAAUAUUAUUUUGCUGUUCUUGUAGUUCGCUUCCAUGGUAGAUAAGUUGGUGGCCGUCUCGGAGUCUUUAAAUCUUUUUUCUCUGCACUUACUGUAGGAGAUUUUAAUAUAUUUGGAUUUUAGUAAGCUAUUGGUAAAAUAGUUUUCAACUUUGAGAAUUUAAAAAAAAUAUUUAGCUUGUUGUAGUAUACUUCCACCAAACAACCAAAAUAAAAUUAUUUUUAUUGUAAUGUGUAUAUAUGUAAAGAGAAAAAAGAGCUACAAAUAUCUAAUUCCUUAGUUGCCACUUUUCCAGUUGAUGUAUUAUUAUGCAUGUGAUGUUUCCAAGGAUCAACACAGGCUUCAAACAAAACAAAAAAAAAAAUUUAUAGACUUUUAUAUUUUUGUACAGGUAUUUCAAAACUAGCUUCUUCAAACUUAUAUGUGACUUAUUCUUGUUAAUUCAGUAGUUUCUAUGAUUGAGGAAUAUUAACACACAGUUCUUAUUUGCUCUUCUGCUAAUAAGAGUUGGCUUUGUAGUCAGUGUUAACGUACAGAUUAAAAGCUUUAGCCUUUGAUGAGAAAGUACUUUAUCUCAAGGCAAGAUCAUUCUCUGGUUUCAUGGACCCCCACACACACACCUUUUUCCUCCCUGUUCUUUCUCUCCCUAUUUAAAGAUGACAAAACACUGUUUACUGAAAAUAGAAAUACCAAAUAUUUUCAAAUGUAGCUGCUGAAAAAAAAAUGCAAAAGUCCAUGAAGGCUUUCUCCCCACUCCCUUUGGGGAAUUUCUCCACUUCAUUUCUAGUGUGUCUAAGUUUGUUUGUACUGUGAUUCCUUUUUGUUUAUAAGUAGAUUAUUUUUAUAUCCAAGCUUGUACUAUUAAAAAAAAAGUCUGAAUCGGUAAUAGUGCAGUAUGAGUGGCCGAUGAAGGUGGCAGUCCUGCCACACUUGUGAGUGUGCCCACAGCUUACUUUGUAUCUAAAUAUUUUGGAAACUCAGAAGGGAGGAGGAGGCCAAAAUACCACUACUGAGCUGUACAGAAAGUCUUUCCUACAAGAGACUGAACAAAUACCCAGGGCAAUUUAGGCAAAACUUUGUAAAUCCACUUAAGACUUGCAAAAUCUGAGUGGAAUGUGGGUGUUUGUGUUUCAGGUGUUUUUGUUUUUAGGGUGAGGUGAGUUGGCUGCUGCUUUACACAGUGGGUCAGAUGUAUUCCAGUUGUAAUUAUUGCCAAUGUUGCAGUUAUUCCGGAGAUGCAUACGGCCCAUAAAACCCCGACAAAGAAUGUCUCCUGUGAAGUUAAGGCCAUGUCUGUACCAAGAUUUGAAUACUGUUGUUCCUUUCUGAUGAAUGGUGUUAACGCACUGCUCAGAUACGAGAGGUCUAUAUGCUAUAUCCAAACUGUGUAGACAAGGCAGCAUUUCUAAACAUUAAGAGAGCAGUUUUGCAAUCAGGUAAAAACUUCUGUGACAAAUUAAACUGACAAGGUAUUAAAAAGCCCCUUUUCACUGCUCAGAACUACUGGGCAAAUAUAACUUCAUAGCUUUUUAUUUUUGUCUGAAAACCAGAAUAUGAUUUUGGUCUAGCAUUUCAAAGUAGACUUUGAAUCUUUAGUGAAUUCCAUACCCUUGCAUUUCAGUGUUUUCUAUGUAUUAUUUUAAGUUAAAGCUUUUAAAUAGUUGAGCUUUUUAAUGUUGACACUUUAUUUUGUACCUAUUUAUAUGUAUGUAUAUCUUAGAAAAGCACUUUGUUAAAAAAAAAAAAAAAAAAAAAAAAAAGAAACUGCAUUUUAUAUGAUUCCUGCCACUUGCUGCUAACUCUGGGCUGGUCAGAAUGCUGCAGCGAUACUUGAUAUAAAUAAAACCUGGCAGUAAAAUGUAGAGUAAAGAUAAGACCUUUUGCUGGUUUAACUUUAUCAUAAAGGUGACAUAGGCAAGCUGUGCAGCUUUACAUUUUAACCAGGGGACUCUGUGGCAUUUAAACCGUCUAGAAAUGGUUGUACUUUAAUGCCAGUAACAAUCUGCUUCCUCUAGUGUCAUUAAAAUAUAUACAUUUAGUGUAUACUUAUCACAAACAAAAAUCUUAUAAGGUUAUAAAAACCAACAAAUGUACAUGUUCUGUUUUUUGGCAAUUGUGGCAUGCAUUUUUGGAUGAUCUUUAGAGAAGACCAUUUUCUAAAGAUUUUCAGUGUUCAUACAUGGUAUGUGGAUCUUAAUGAAGUCCUGGAUUUUUUGUUUGUUUUUGAGUGUAGGCAUUGUGAAUAUUCACUUUUAAUCCUAUAUCCAAAAACAAUUACACAUUUUUUGAUUUAAUACAAACAAAAGUUCUUCCUUUUUCUGAUACACUGGAUUCUCUAGAAUUUGUUUCCAUAUUAAAAGCAUGCUGUCAUAACUGCUCUUGUUGAGAUCUCGUCAGUCUGAACUUAGGUGCCACACUUUGAAUUGAUGGACUGUUUGUUCUACUGUACCAUGUAUGAUUCUUGUCCUUUCCUACUUCCUUCAUGACAGAUGAUGAUGUGGCUUUAUAUUGUGCCUUACUUGUACAUCUAGAACUAAAUGUUUUUCAUUCCCUCUGAACUCUUCAAACCUAACCCUCCUGAAAUUGAAUCAGAACUGAUAAAAGCAUCCUGAAGAAAGUCUGGAUAGAUCUGAUUUCAGUUUCUCUCAAUAGUAGUCCUUUUGUAUUUAUAUGGAAGACCAGUUUCUGAAUGGCCUUGCAAAAUGUGGGGGUGCUCAUGAAGGGUGGUUUUUAGCCCUAAACCCCUUUUGCUAACGCUUCCUUUUAUGGUUUAUUGAACACACUUACUGAUACUUGGUGAGUACUUGUUUUUUGGAUGAGAGAGACUUACUACUAAAGCUAUGUUUACGUGUGGAUGGGCUGGAUUUUCUUAUCAUACCAGUUGAAAUCAUUGUGAUUUAAUGAAGUUGCAUUGCUGUAAAGCUGAUGUGAGAGUCAGGCUCAGCUGUGUUCAGUUCCUAAUUCUUUUAUAGAUAGACGUUUUCCGUACUAAGGGCCAGGAAAAAAUGUUAGUUUUUUUAAAAAAAAACAACCAAACAAAAACCUAAAAUGGAUGAUGAAGGGUCUUUUAACUAACCUAAAAGCAGCCAGACACUUCUGAAAUACAGGGGUGUCAGUUUUGACUUUUAUUUUAAAAAGAUCCCCCCCUAAUAUUUAUCUGAUACUUGCCUUCAUUAAUAAAACAGUUAGCUUAUUCACAAAAUAUAAAGACUGGAUGUGCUUUUCUUUUUCCAUAAAUCAUUUAAACAUAGCUAUUCUUUUAAAGCUCUAAAAGGCUUUAUCAGGAGAAUUUCAAAGGGUUGUAUACAAGUUGCCUUCAGCAGAAAUAGCAAAUGCAAUUCUGUUCCUCAAACGUGCUUGCUAGUCUUCCUGAAAUUCUGUUGAGGCAUAACCCAAUUAUGUACCGUCAAUGUUAGGAUCUGUAUUUGGCCUCGAGACCUGAAUUUCAAGAAUGCAUCUAAUCAUGAUUUUAUUUUCUUUUUAAGUUGGAGGCUUCAGUUGGAAUCACCUAGUUAAGUGUGCUGCUAGAUGUGGUCUUGGCUUAUUGACACAGCCUUGCACACAGCUGAGGUUUAUUUUGUUUACCCCAGGGAUCGUGUGAAGUACAUUUCAAACAGUUACUGCUUCAGUGACUGAUUCUUCUUGUAACUGUAUUAAGGGCAUUAGUAUGUUGAGAAAACACCACUCUUGAAUAUCUCCCAAUAUAAAUUGGGAUUCUUAAAUGUCAUUAACAAAAGAUGGCACUUUCAGGUUAUAUCUUCUUUGCAGCAUACAAAAAUGUCUCUAUCUUUGUACAAUUUACAUUUCACAAUAUGCCAUGUUUUUCCCCCAAUGCUUCUAGCAUGAUAAGAAGGUGUGUGUGCGCACUGAAUUAUAAUCCUCAGCCUCUUAGACAUUCAUGAACUUCCACAAGAGCAAAUACUGACUAUGCAUUUAUUGUCUUUCUAAUGAGCUGUGGAGCCAGAGCUAUGUUAAGCCACACUUUUUUUUUUUUCCAUAAAAAAAUAAAACUCCAAACUUUUUAGAUAACUGUUUAGUGUUUUUCUUAAGAAUAUUUUUUAGUUGGGUAUCUAUGUAAGUCAAAUUUGGGUGAGUUAACUAGCUACGGUAAGGAAAACUUCUGGAUUGGAUUUAGUAUUGGCAAAAGCACACUCCGCCCUAUCAAAAUCUUCUGAUUAAGAAACAGAAUCUAGUUGUAGCACUUAAUUUUAUUGAUCUUUCUUAUAAUGAUGGAUAUUCAUACAUUCUGAUUUGAAUUGUCUAUCCUUGCAGAAUAUUAUGUCCAAGUAAAACUUAUUGCUCAGUAUUUGUGGUUGGGUGAACUCUUAAGGCUGAUGGCACAUGCGGACGUAGGUGGUUGACAGGCAAAAAAAGCAUUUUAAACAAAACAUGGCAUCCUGUUCUGCCUAUGCUUGGGGUCAUGAUUGUAAUGCUGUCCUUGAUAUUCUAUAAUCGACUUCCAACUGGAGCUCAGAAAAACUUACUGAAAGUCUUGUCUCUGUUAGAAAAUAAAUUUACCUUGUUAAAAGCAUGGUUGUUAAGAGUUGCAAUGUUUAAUGUUGGUUAAUAGUUGUGCAGUUUUUAUUUUUCUUGAAAAGAGGCACAAUGAAACUAUUGACUUUGUUUACUCUGUCACCCUUGAUUCCUAGCACUUCUAUUCAGAUACAAAUUCAUCAAUGUAUGCAACAUCCUUUGUAAUUUAAAAUAAAAAUUGUGGAGGAAA